GCGAAGCAGAGCCGGCGUGCGGGGUGUGUAUGUGUUCGCUGGGCGCCGGCUCAGCCCCAGGAAGAUGGUGGCGGCGGCGGCGGCGGCGGCGGCGACUGAGGCGCUGCUGAAGGGGAGCACGGAGGCGACAGCAGCGCCCGCGGGCAGGAAGGUUGGGCAGCACCGACUCUGCGCCGCGACUGGGGCCUGGAGGCCGGGGCCGCGCGCCGGGUUGUGUCUCCCGUGGGUGCUGUCGCGGGCGCUACCCCCGCCACUGCUGCUGCCGCUGUUCUUUUCGCUACUGCUGCUGCCGCUGCCCCGGGAGGCCGAGGCCGCGGCGGUGGCGGCGGCGGUGUCAGGCUCGGUCGCAGCCGAGGCCAAGGAAUGUGACCGGCCGUGUGUCAACGGCGGCCGCUGCAACCCUGGCACUGGGCAGUGCGUCUGCCCCGCGGGCUGGGUGGGCGAGCAAUGCCAGCACUGCGGGGGCCGCUUCAGACUAACUGGAUCUUCUGGAUUUGUAACAGAUGGACCUGGGAAUUAUAAAUAUAAAACUAAGUGCACAUGGCUCAUUGAAGGACAGCCAAAUAGAAUAAUGAGACUUCGUUUCAAUCAUUUUGCUACAGAAUGUAGCUGGGACCAUUUAUAUGUUUAUGAUGGGGACUCAAUUUAUGCACCUCUGAUUGCUGCCUUUAGUGGCCUCAUUGUUCCUGAAAGAGACGGCAAUGAGACGGCCCCGGAGGUCACUGUCACUUCAGGUUAUGCACUGCUUCAUUUUUUCAGUGAUGCUGCUUAUAAUCUGACUGGAUUUAAUAUCACUUACAAUUUUGACAUGUGUCCGAAUAAUUGCUCAGGCCGAGGAGAAUGCAAGAACAGCAACAGCAGCAAUACUGUCGAGUGUGAAUGCCCUGAGAACUGGAAAGGGGAGUCGUGUGACAUUCCUCAUUGUACAGACAACUGUGGCUUUCCUCACCGAGGCGUCUGUAAUGCAAGUGAUGUCAGAGGGUGCUCCUGCUCCCCCCACUGGCAGGGUCCUGGGUGUUCAGUUCCUGUGCCAGCUAACCAGUCUUUCUGGAUUCGAGAGGAAUAUUCUGAUAUAAAGCUCCCCAGAGCCUCUCAUAAAGCUGUGGUCAAUGGGAAUAUAAUGUGGGUUGUUGGCGGAUAUAUGUUCAAUCACUCAGAUUAUAGCAUGGUUUUAGCGUAUGACCUGACUUCUAGGGAAUGGCUUCCAUUAAACCAUUCUGUGAACAGUGUGGUUGUAAGAUAUGGUCAUUCUUUGGCAUUACAUAAGGAUAAAAUCUAUAUGUAUGGAGGAAAAAUCGAUUCAACGGGGAACGUGACCAAUGAGUUGAGAGUAUUUCAUAUUCAUAAUGAAUCAUGGGUAUUGCUAACACCCAAAGCCAAGGAGCAGUAUGCAGUAGUUGGGCACUCUGCACACAUUGUUACACUGGCAACGGGCCGUGUGGUCAUGUUGGUCAUCUUUGGUCAUUGCCCACUCUAUGGAUAUAUAAGUGUUGUGCAGGAGUAUGACUUAGAAAAGAACACAUGGAGUAUAGUGCAUACUCAGGGAGCUCUUGUGCAAGGGGGCUAUGGUCAUAGCAGUGUUUAUGAUCACAGGACCAAGGCCCUGUAUGUUCAUGGUGGCUACAAGGCUUUCAGUGCCAAUAAAUACCGGCUUGCAGAUGACCUCUACAGAUACGAUGUGGAUACCCAGAUGUGGACCAUUCUUAAGGACAGCCGAUUUUUCCGUUACUUGCAUACAGCUGUGAUAGUGAGUGGAACCAUGCUGGUGUUUGGAGGGAACACACACAACGACACAUCCAUGAGCCAUGGCGCCAAAUGCUUCUCCUCGGACUUCAUGGCCUACGACAUUGCUUGUGACCGAUGGUCAGUGCUUCCCAGACCUGAUCUCCACCAUGACGUCAACAGAUUUGGGCACUCGGCAGUCUUGCACAACAGUACCAUGUACGUGUUUGGCGGCUUCAACAGCCUCCUCCUCAGUGACGUCUUAGUCUUCACCUCGGAGCAGUGUGGCGCCCAUCGCAGUGAGGCGGCUUGUGCAGCAGCAGGACCUGGGAUCCGGUGUCUGUGGGACACACAGUCGUCUCGAUGUACCUCCUGGGAGCUGGCAACUGAAGAACAAGCAGAAAAGUUAAAAUCAGAGUGUUUUGCCAAAAGAACCCUUGACCAUGACAGAUGUGACCAGCACACAGAUUGUUACAGCUGCACAGCCAAUACCAAUGACUGCCACUGGUGCAAUGAUCACUGUGUCCCUAUGAACCACAGCUGCACAGAAGGCCAGCUCUCCAUUUCCAAGUAUGACAAUUGCCCCAAGGAUAACCCCAUGUACUACUGCAAUAAGAAAACAAGCUGCAGGAGCUGUGCCCUAGACCAGAACUGCCAGUGGGAGCCCCGGAAUCAGGAGUGCAUCGCCCUGCCUGAAAAUAUCUGUGGUAUUGGCUGGCAUUUGGUUGGAAACUCAUGUCUGAAAAUCACUACUGCUAAGGAAAAUUAUGACAAUGCUAAGUUGUCCUGUAGGAACCACAAUGCUUUUUUGGCUUCCCUUACAUCCCAGAAAAAGGUGGAAUUUGUCCUUAAACAUCUUCGAUUAAUGCAGUCAUCUCAGAGCAUGUCCAAGCUCACUCUGACUCCAUGGGUUGGUCUUCGUAAGAUCAAUGUUUCUUACUGGUGCUGGGAGGAUAUGUCUCCAUUUACAAAUAGUUUGCUGCAGUGGAUGCCCUCUGAGCCCAGCGAUGCUGGCUUCUGUGGGAUCUUGUCAGAGCCUAGUACUCGGGGAUUGAAGGCUGCAACCUGCAUCAACCCACUCAAUGGCAGUGUUUGUGAAAGGCCCGCAAACCACAGUGCCAAGCAGUGCCGGACACCAUGUGCCCUGCGGACAGCGUGUAGCGAGUGCACUAGCAGCAGCUCCGAGUGCAUGUGGUGCAGUAACAUGAAGCAGUGUGUAGACUCCAAUGCCUAUGUGGCCUCCUUCCCUUUUGGCCAGUGUAUGGAAUGGUAUACAAUGAGCAGCUGCCCACCUGAAAAUUGCUCUGGCUACUGUACCUGUAGCCAUUGCUUGGAGCAGCCAGGCUGUGGCUGGUGUACUGACCCUAGCAAUACUGGGAAAGGAAAAUGUAUCGAGGGCAGCUAUAAAGGACCUGUGAGGAUGCCUUCACUGGCCUCUACAGGAACUGUGUAUCCACAGCCUCUCCUCAACUCCAGCAUGUGUCUCGAGGACAGCAGAUACAACUGGUCUUUCAUUCAGUGUCCAGCUUGCCAGUGCAACGGCCACAGCAAAUGUGUCAACCAGAGUGUCUGUGAGAAGUGUGAGAACCUGACCACCGGCAAGCACUGCGAGACCUGCAUAUCUGGCUUCUAUGGUGAUCCGACUAAUGGAGGCAAAUGUCAGCCAUGCAAGUGCAAUGGUCAUGCAUCUCUGUGCAACACCAACACUGGCAAGUGCUUCUGCACCACCAAGGGUGUCAAGGGGGAUGAGUGCCAGCUAUGUGAGGUAGAAAACCGAUACCAGGGAAACCCUCUCAAAGGAACAUGUUAUUAUACCCUUCUCAUUGACUAUCAGUUCACUUUUAGUCUGUCCCAGGAAGACGAUCGCUAUUAUACAGCCAUCAAUUUUGUGGCUACUCCUGAUGAACAAAACAGGGACUUGGACAUGUUUAUCAAUGCCUCCAAAAACUUCAACCUCAACAUCACCUGGGCUACCAGCUUCUCAGCUGGAACCCAGACUGGAGAAGAGAUGCCCGUUGUUUCAAAAACCAACAUCAAGGAAUACAAAGAUAGCUUCUCUAAUGAGAAAUUUGAUUUUCGCAACCAUCCAAACAUUACUUUCUUUGUUUAUGUCAGUAAUUUCACCUGGCCCAUCAAAAUUCAGAUUGCCUUCUCCCAGCACAGCAAUUUUAUGGACCUGGUACAGUUCUUCGUGACUUUCUUCAGCUGUUUCCUCUCUCUGCUUCUGGUGGCUGCAGUGGUCUGGAAGAUCAAGCAGAGCUGUUGGGCAUCCAGGCGGAGAGAGCAACUUCUUCGGGAGAUGCAACAGAUGGCCAGCCGUCCCUUUGCUUCUGUAAAUGUUGCCUUGGAAACAGAUGAAGAGCCUCCUGAUCUUAUUGGGGGAAGUAUAAAGACUGUUCCCAAGCCCAUUGCCCUGGAGCCCUGCUUUGGUAACAAAGCUGCAGUCCUCUCCGUAUUUGUGAGGCUCCCUCGAGGACUGGGCGGAAUCCCUCCUCCUGGUCAGUCAGGUCUUGCUGUGGCCAGUGCUCUGGUGGACAUUUCUCAACAGAUGCCAAUAGUGUACAAAGAGAAGUCAGGAGCAGUAAGAAACCGGAAGCAACAGCCCCCUGCACAGCCUGGAACCUGCAUCUGAUACUGCGCCAGGGACUCUCCCUCACAGAGGGCACAUGGUACACCAGGCUGUCGCAGGGGAGGGUGCAGGCAGGAAGCUGGUGCAGAACAGAAGACUGGAAACCCUUGAAGCAUCCACCUCAUGUGCAUGAUCAUCCAAGCUGUUUUGACGGUUCAUCCCUUCUGUGUCCAGCAUCUAACCUUUUACUUUUGCAUAGGAAAUAAUUUAAUUACAAGUCCAAGAAUAAGCUGCUCUACUCAUGGGUGGAGGAGACCAGCGUAGAACCAGCGAGAGCUGAAAGUGAUGCUGAGGUCCCUUGUGGAAACUCCUCUUGGGAGUCUCAACUGCAGAAGUGAUGACCUUGCCAGCAGCUCUCCAGCAGGGUCUUCUGACACUCCUCAGAUGGAUUGUUCUUAUUUGAAGCUUGUUGUCUUUUUACAAGAUGUGCUUUUACUCUCUUCCAGGAAGUAGCUUUUUUCUAGCUGAGAACUAAUAACGGUCUGUCUCUUUGAAAGUCAUAUCAAAGUAUAAUCAUUGGGGCCUUGUUUUGUUUUUUGGAGACAGGGUCUCACUGUGUAGCCCUAACUGGCCUGGAACUCACUAUGUAGAUCAGGCUGAACUGAACUCAUAGGGAUCUUUCUGCCUCUGCCUCACAAGUGCUGGGAUAAAAAGUGUGCACCACCAGGUCCAGCAAAGGGGGCUAUUUUAAAUGUCAAGGUAAUUGUGUUAGAAUAUAAACAAAUGUAAUAGAUAAUUCUCUAUAGCAACUUGAUUAAUUUAAUUUUAAUUCUUCUCUUUAUCUCAUGCUGUCAUGCACACACACACACACACACACAAAGUGCCUAGACUUUAAAUAGAUCUAGCAACUGGAAAGUUAAUAAGCCUAAGUUUUUACAUGACUCUGUUUCUCCAUUCUUGUAGAAUUUAAGUAACUACCAUUGCAAUCUGUUCUUUUUCUAAAGUGUAGUUUGCAGCCAGCAGAGACUUCUCAUCCCAAGAAACAUUUAAUAGGGGCUAGCAACAGGGACUGAGUGACCACCAGCCCCAGCCUAGUAUCACUCUAAGCCUGAUGCUGGGCCAACUCUCUGGGUUCCUUCUGCCAAGGCACCACAGAAAAGUACUCACUCAUGUCAUGUGCCUCUUUGAGCUGAUAAGAACACUCACUGAAUGUGUGGGACACUUGGCCCUGUCUUCCUGCAGCCCGCUCUCUCUGUGCCUGUGGACCAUCCCUAGGUUGGAUGGAGCAGACACUAGAAGAGGGGCGAUGCCUUGCAUUGGGGCAGCAUCUUCUCAGAGCCAGAAAAGGGCCCUGGUUCCAUCUCUCCCAAGUGUGGGUUGGCCCGGUCUCCUCCCAGAUCCAGCUGGUGGUGUAGGGAGGAAGUGGAUGCUCAUGAGGAUGAAAAGCACAUGGGGAGAACGGAAGGGACAAGACCCUCUUCUAAACAGAAAAUGACAGCAUUAAGAAGGGUGAAUGGCCCUCUGCUCUGUGCCCCGGGAUCCUACCUGGACAUUGCAUCUCCCCACUUAUGGUGCUCAGUAUUCUGGCAUUACAGCAGCCUCACCUUCCUUCGCCUGCUGCAUGUCCUGUGGCUCUGCUAGUAGUACCUGACCAGAACAGACCUCUAGGCAACAUGCUCAAGUUAGGAAUUUGGAGAAGUUAACACUCAAAAGAGCAGAAGCUGUAGCAUUUCAUCUUUAAAUGCAGUGCCAAGAGAGGGGGGGCAUUUCUCUAAGGCCAGCACUAACCCAAUUCCCGCCAAGACACUCCUGGAGAGAGACUUCCAAGCUGAACCAUAAAACACGGUUGCACAACGCACUGCUGGAAGACUCACCUCUCAAAACACUGCUUUUUCACAACAUUAUUAAAGGACAGGAGUUCCAGAAAAGAUCCCAAUCUCAUUCCCUGUGCAGUUAAGAGUGCCCCACACAUCUACGUCCCUCCCAAAACCCAGCACCUAUAAGCAUCUGCAGUGACCUAACCCUUCAUCUCCAUAAUCACCAAAGGGAUUCUUGGCCAGAAGAGAGAGAGAGAGAGAGAGAGAGAGAGAGAGAGAGAGAGAGAGAGAGAGAGAGAGAGAGAGUCCCACUGGGGUUUGUCCUUCAAGGAAAUUUCCCCUGCUUUGCUCAAAGAACCAAAUUUCUUUGGCCAAAGAAAUUGCUUCUAUGUUAGCUCCACACCUUGAAAUAAUAUGCACCAUGGUUCCCACCUACCUGCUUACAUUUUUUUCCCUUAGAGAUACUGUUUAUUCUUUGAAAAGGAAGAAGCAAAUGGCAGUUGAGGAACAGCCAACUCCACCUGCAUCUCCUUCAUAGCCAACAGCUCCCUUCAGGCUUGCAGCAGAAGGGAACGGCAGGGACAAAGAGCUCAGCUCAGAGCCAGUUACCAAGAGGACGUGGGGUUGUGACCCAGAACUGUGUGGCAUGGGAGAGCAUGUAUAUAAAGUACUCAUGAAGACACUGACCUUGCACUUGUACAUAACUAUACAGUAGUGUCCAGAAUGUUCAGACAUUCAGGGUGUACAUAAAACAGAAAAGUAUCAUAAUGUAUUUUUAUUAAACAUUAACAUCUGAAUUUCACCUAAUCUGUUUCUGUGCCAUAUACUGGGUAUCCAAGCUCUGAGAAGUCAACUUACCAGGCCCUGAUCCUUUGAUAAGGCCACACAUUGUACCACCAUGCUGGUGUGUUCAGUAGCCUUGUGCCCAUUAGGUAACUAAGUAAUGAUUCAGCUCUCAGAAUACCUAAGAAGAGCAAGCAUGGUGACACACCGCUGUGAUCCUAGCAUUUAGAAGAUAGAGGCAGGAAGAGCAAGAAUUCAAAAAUGAGGACUGGAGAGGUGGCUCAGUGGUUAAGAACACUGGCUGCUCUUGCAGAGGACACUGGUUCAGUUCCCAGCACCUACACAGUAGCUCACAACCCUCUGAAACUCCAAUUCCAGAUGAUCUGUUGCCCUCCACUGGCCUCCUCGGGUAUUGCAUGCAUGUGGUGCACAGCAAAUAUGCAGGCAAAACACCCUAUACACAUAAAACAUAACGAAAAUAAAGAAUUCAAGAAGAGCCUGGGCUACAUAGCAAGAGCCUGUCUCAAAACAAACAAACAAACAAACCUAUGAAGAGCCAGGCAGUGAGUCUGUUUACAUGGCAGUACACAAGAGAACUCAGGAAGCAAGAGUAUCCAUACUGUUGUGCAUCUCAAAUGUUCCUUGUGACUUCUGGCAUCUCUGUGGGGUGACCAGUCUAGUCCUGAGGUAUUCUGUUACUCUUUGAAGUCAAAGACUGUUACCUGUGAACAUUAGACUUUGCAAAGGGGCUCUCUAGGCCACAUUCUGUUGUAGCUUUGUCUAAAAUUUUAAUGAUGUUUCUGAGAACCGUGUUCUUUUUAUACUAAAAACUGGGGAUGGGGGCUCAUUUGUUAAUAAGUAGCGCCGUUUCCCUACACCUCAGCCUCCUGUCCCCCUCCUGGUCUUCCCUACACAGUCUGGAGAAGGGUCUGAAAGGUCAAAGGAGAUGUGGCAAGAAAGCAACCCAUUGCCUCCUGAGCUAGCCUGUAAGAAGACGUCAGCAAAAGGAAAGUACCAGCAUAUCUGGAAGGCUUGAAGUGUAAGAUAGGAUCUUGUUAGGGAAUUGGAGAAACAAGAACAGAACAGGAGAUGCCAUAGCCUGCCAGUACCCAUCCUCCUUCAGUGCAGUGAGGUGUGCAGGGUGAAGAGUGACUCGCUUCCUUGGGGGAUGGUGCUGUUUUUAUGAACACUUUGAUCCUUGGUGUCCUUUAAUUGAACAAAUAUUUACUAAACACUUGUAAGCUAAGCUAACAUAAGAGCAGUGACUGGGGUGGAGAUCCAGCUCUUUGGACACAGCCGUCACCCUAGGGGAGCUCCUGGGGUGAGCCAUGGCUCCCUGAUGAGUCUGAAGUGUUGACCCUGGUCACACAGCCCCCCAGCACAGCUCUGGACCGAGAUGUCAGCAUGGCCUCUGACUGAGCAGAGCCCCUGGAGCAGGCGCCUGCCUGCAGGGAGCCCUCGGGGUGCCCUCCCAAGUGCAGAGAAACUGGCACCUUCUCUGCUGAAGGACUCGGACUCUGCACAAAACACUAGCAAAGCCUGCUGGACCAGUUCGGCCUCUCGAAACGUUUCACGGUUAUUUACAGUUCACUGUUUGUCUUCAUCCAGCUUAGUCUGUUCAUAUGUGUAAUUAGCAUCUGUUGCACUUGUGUAAAUAUGGAGUAAGUAUUGUAAACUAUUUAAUUGCUGGGAUUGUUGGUGUUAUACCUACAUUUAAGACUGCAAUUUUUGGUAUUUUUUGUAUUGUAAAAUAACAGCUAAUUUAAUCAGGAACGAGAUUUGGGGGGUCUGCAUUUUAAAUGCAAAUGUGAAGCACUUGUAUAUAAACAAAAGUAAAUACUGUAAUACAAAAUUCCUUCUGAAAUAAAAGUAGA